CAAAUUGUUUCAGUACAGUUUCACCUUUCUCUGAGCAGCGCGACAAUGUUGAAUAUUCAUUCCAGCUCCUUCUUCUUGCUACUGAUCGUGCUGGCCAUGGCCAGUAGUCAAGCUAUUGAGAAAGUCAUCACGGUAAGCAACGGCGGGACGGAAGGCGAAUGGGGGCCGCUGGAGCGGUGCCCACCCGGAGGUAAAGCGAUUGGUUUCCAGACCCGAAACGAACUGGCCACUCCCGUAUUCGACGACACCGCACUCAACACGAUCAUCCUCAUUUGCAAUGGCACCAAUUCCGAUAUUGCAAACAUCACCUCCACUAAAGGAUUCGCUGGAGAUUAUCAAAGAGUUCAGGUUUGCGCUACGGCCUUUGCCAUCUCGUACAUGACAAGUUUCUCUCUGCGAGUCCAGCUGCCGUUCAACGAGACGGAACAAGGCGACAAGACGGCGGCCAACAAUAUUCGGUUCAUGUGCCACAACGAUCGCGAAAUCGAUGGGAUCGGGAACACCGACGGCGUCUGGAGCGAGUACAGCGAGAGAUGUGAAAGCGGAAUUUGCGGAUUGGAGACCCGCGUCCAGCCGUACGACGGCGGGAUCGGACACUACGACAACACGGCAUUGAAUGACGUCCGCUUCACUUGCUGCCCCGACGAACAAGUGUCCACAAUUUCCGCGCCAAAAUAAUUUUAAAAAAAGUUGUUGUGUGACGGCGAUUAUUAGAUAAAUUAAUUAUCCCACGAUAGAAAUAGCUGUAAAAAGGACUUGUGACUAAUAAGAAUUAAAAUUAUCUUGUUAAAUUGAAUCAAAGAUCGGUGGAGUGAAUAUGAAAUCAUUGCGGAAUAAAACCGGAAUUUCUAACUGGUCUUUAUUGUAAUUUAAAUAAUUUAAGAUAAAUUGAUUCCAUAAUAAUAAAUAAAAGUACAAAACAAAUCGUCCAGUUGUAAUUCAACAAGUUA